AUGAACCGACUACGCUCUUCACGUGCCCCCUCCCCGACACCUACUACUUUCUCCGGAAUCUCUAAUUACCGCACCGAGUCCUAUCGUCCGAUCAAGGAUAAAGGCAAUGUCCCGGCCGUGCCAGCCGUAAAUUCCAGGGUAGUCGCACGCACGCAUUUUGACGAGUUAGCCAGUUUUCUAGUGUCCUAUCUUGUGAAAGCUCCGCAGGAGUCGCGGGCCCACGCACGCUCAAAAUUGACAAAUCUUACCAGACAACAGUUCCAUGAGCUAUCAACUGACGUAUACGACGAGCUCGUCCGACGUCGAAGGAACACUCCCGAGAACGACGUCCCAUUCCUUCCCGUGCGUGAUGAAUUUCAUCCCAAGCGGAAUCAGGCGCGCCAGAAAUUGGCAACGCUGCCUAGCGCCAAGUUUGAAGAUCUUUGUAGCGAUGUCUACUUUGAAAUCAUGAGAAGAUAUCCCGAAUUUACAGAAACGGAGGACCCAGGGGUAGCGUCUCCCGCAUCAGCAUAUGAUGAUGUACCCUCGCCUGAAUUCCACACGUCCCCGCGGCCUGACAUGCCCAUACUCCCGCCCAGUGCCCGCACAGGGCGAUCAUCCGAAGAUCGGGGCAGCUCACGCGAAGAAGAGACUCGGCGGAGCGAGGACACUCAUGCAUCCCGACGAAAAGCCUCUCAUGACCAAGGGGCAGAUUUUGGCCGAAGACCAAGUGCCUCCGCAAGUAUCCGGAGUGACUCAACGGGAACUACAAAUGCGCAGAGUGCAACCGCAACGAGUGGGAUGGUGAUCCCAAACAAGAGCACCAUCGCAGAGGAAGAUAUUGAGGUGCCAUACGGGCGGGAGAUGCGAGAGAGCUCUGGAACAGCCAUCGAUACACGCGAGGGCGUCAGGGAGCUUGAUACCACCGACGGUGAACAUGAGCACUGGGACCAGCGGGGUGGACUAAACGGGCUCAGCGCACGGCUGAGGAACGUGCAUACGGAGGAUGAUGAUGCGGGGGAUUCCGAUCGGUCCAUCGGUGGGUCGAGGAUGCCUAGUGCAGCGGGCGAUGAACAAGAGCGUUUGAGGCGAGAUUACGAGUUCAAGAUUGCCACGAUGCAGAGUCGUAUCACGAGUCUGGAACGAGACCUUGAGCAACGGGAGUUGGACACGCAGCAGACACGUGCCGAAGAACAUGGAUUUGCUAUGAAGGCUCUGCAAAGGGAGCUGGACGAUAUUCGGGACCUCCGGACAAGAGAGAAGGAACGCGAAGCCAGACGAGCACAGGCUGAUGAGGAAGAACUGCAGAUACUCCGUGACCGCUGUGAACGCCUUGAAGAAGAGCGCAGUUCUGGCUUCGGAAUAGACAAUAGCGAGAUUAUCGAGCAGCUACGUUCUGAUAUGGAAGGGUUGAUGUCAGAACUUAGCGAUCUGUCACGCAGGAAUGACGAGUUGAUGACUGCGAAGGAUUCGGACCUCACUGUGAUCCGUGAUCUGGAUAGCCAGCUCAAAGAAUAUAAACGCAAAUACGAGCAAGCUAAAACCGAGCUCAGGAGCGUUAAAGCCACAUCCCAGCUCUUCUUACAGGCACCUAAGAUGGAAGACCAACUGCCAAUGGGUCCUGACGGGGGUCUCGUCGACAUCCAUGUCACUGCCUUCGUGUCUGCCAUUGAUAGCCUUUUGACAGCCGGUCGUUCUAGCGCUCCGACACGCGUUCUAGUACCGAUGAAAGCUGUCGUCACGUCUACCACAGCCAUUAUCGAUGAUGUCCGUGCAUAUGAACAACGCCCAUCUCGCGCGGACGUUGACGUUGACAUCCUACACACUCUCCGCGAGCGUGCCGAGGCUACCUUGACCAACCUUGUAGCUGCAUCCAAGACGCAUGCCACUGCAUCCGGCAUGUCUCCUGUGAGCCUAUUAGACGCAGCCGCGAGCCACGUCUCCGUGACAUUGACGGAGAUCGCGAAGAUGAUCUACAUCCGCAAGGCUAGUCGGGCCGAGCAGGAGGAGUUCAUGUCUUCCUCAAGUUCUGGUUCGCUGUCAUAUUUAUCUUCUGCGCGCUCGACAGAAGACGUGAGACCAAGCUUUGAACGCAAGGGUUCUACCUUUAGCGUGAGACGAUCAGAAGAUGUUGUAUCACCCCCUAUGACCGCAGCAUCGCGCUUUGCGGAGGCUCAUAGUAGACGAACGCCAUCUGAGCCAUCUAGUUCACUCACAAGUUCUCCUCCGCCUAUAUUUGAUAAGUCUCCUAUCACCAGUGCAUUGGGUGCAAUCAGCGAUGAUUCAGCACCGCCUGAAGGCGGCGAAGACGCUUGGUCCGAGCUCAAGCCCUACCUCGAAGCGCAGACCGAGUCUAUUGUUUACGCGAUCCAAAGCGUCCUUUCCGGCGUCCGCAGCCCUGUGCCGCCGCCGACGCUAAACGAAAACCUAACUCAGAUCAUCACGAUCGUGUCGAGUAUCGUCGCCGUUUGCAGCGACAACCUGCCUCCGGCGUCUGCGCAGCAGGGUGCAGAGCUACUGCGGGAGCUAGGCGAACACGCACGGAAGCUGUCCGAGGUACAGACGCUGCCAGAAGUUACGAAGGAAUCGCGGCAGGUCAUGGCCAAAUCAAGCUUUGCGGUCGCGAAUGCGAUGAAGGGGCUCAUGAAGUUGUGA